AUGGGUGUAAUACGAAAGAAGACCGCCUCGCGCGGCACGGAAGCUGGCACCAAGUUCCACUGCGAUGUGUGCUCGGUCGAUGUCACAUCCACAGUCCGAAUCUCGUGUGCCCACCCCUCCUGCCAUGAAUACGACCUUUGCGUGCCCUGCUUCGCCGCUGGCGAGAGCUCCAAAAACCACGAUCCAGCUACCCAUCCCUUUCAAGUGAUUGAGCAGAAUUCUGUCCCCAUCUUCCAGCCGGACUGGGGUGCUGACGAAGAGCUGCUGUUGUUGGAAGGGGCUGAGAUCUAUGGUCUUGGCUCAUGGGCGGACAUUGCGGAUCACAUUGGCGGAUAUCGCUCAAAGGAUGAAGUCCGCGAUCACUACAUCGACACCUACAUCAACAGUAAACACUUUCCUCUCCCCGACCGUGCCGAUCCCGAAGAUAAGAGUCUUCAAGAAGCAAUUUCCAAGGAAGAGUUCCAGGCGCGUAAGAAGCGUCGCAUUGAGGAGCGCAAAGAAGCUGCAAAGGCCGCGCCGCCCACAACACCAAAGCAGAAGCCAACAGCUAGUGUACCAGCUUGUCAUGAAGUACAAGGGUACAUGCCUGGACGUUUGGAGUUCGAGACGGAAUUCCUCAACGAUGCUGAAGAGGCCGUUCAGCACAUGACCUUCGAGCCCGGGGCGGGCAUAGGUCCCAAUGGGGAGAUGGAUGCGGAGACCGAGCUCAAGAUGACCGUGGUGGACAUCUACAAUUCCCGUCUGACCGCACGUACGGAACGGAAAAAGAUCCUGUUUGAGCACAAUCUUCUGGAUUACCGAAAGAACAUUGCGCUCGAAAAGAAGCGGACCAAGGAGGAGCGAGAACUGCUGCACAAAGCCAAGCCGUUGGCUCGUAUGAUGAACCAUCAAGACUUCGAGGAUCUCAAUAGAGGCCUAGAAUACGAGCACAAUCUGCGCCUGGCUAUCGGCCAAUUACAAGAAUGGAGGCAAAUGGGGAUUGGCGACCUCAAAGCGGGGGAAAAGUACGAGCAAGAGAAGCAGCAGCGUGCACAACGAAUGGUACCGCAAGGCUCAUUCGACCGCUUUGCCGCUCCACGUCCAAAGCAGACUCAAGUAGCUGAGCCACCAUCCGCGGCGACUCAGCUUACCACACCAGAACUGCCCGCGCGACUUCAAAAGGCAGCCAAUCCUCACAAGCCACCGGAUAGUGCCAAUGUGCCCUUGAAUGACUUUGAUCUGAUGUUUGCGACCAAUGGAGAUGCACAACCUCCGGCGCCUGCGAAAUCUAAAUACGUUGUUCAGCCACUCAGUGGUGUUCCUCCAUGGGAGCUUGACAGUGACCGCGCCGCGGAUCUACAUCUCCUCUCGCCUGAAGAGGUUGAAAUGUGUAAUAUACUUCAUAUCAUGCCCAAGCCGUAUUUGGUCAUCAAGGAGACCUUGAUGAAGGAAGCGAUGAAGCAAGGGGGUACAUUGAAGAAGAAAGACGCUCGUGCCAUUUGCAAGAUCGAGGGUACCAAGACGAGUCGUAUCUUCGACUUUAUGGUGCACAGUGGCUGGAUCAAUAAGGGCUAG